AUGGAAUCAGGAACACCGAAAAUGCAACAGAGCGAGUAUUUGAAUGAUGAAACUCCGUUGCUGGUUUCGCUGCUCUUUAUUGUUCUACGGAUAGAGCCAUAUUCGUCUACAGCUUCCGACAAGCAUGCAUUCAGUGAUUAUGACAAAAGGCAGGACUGUGUCGCUUUUCAUCGCAUCCCUCUGCCCUCGUGGAGCAAGCUGAAAUGA